AUGCAUGGCCUCGAGGCCACCCAUGGCGGACGCACCACGCCCCGCUCGACUGUAGAUGCCUGCUUGGUCAACAUCAACACCAGCCAAGCGGCGUGGAUGCCGCUCCUCCAUAUCUGGCUGCUGGCUGACGCCGAGCGACGGCUGAUUCUGGCGUGCGAACCUCCGGCAACGCCAGGCAGGUCGCCGACAGAAAUCGCCACCGCUGACCAGCCGCUGUAUCAGAAUGCCACCUAA